GUUGGCUCGAAUCGCAGGCGGCAGGAGGUCGAUCCAGUGCGCUUUUCAGUUCCAGUUUGUGUCCCGACCCGCUAGCAGCUGCCGCGGGGCACGUCCGCCGCAGUUGUUGAUAUACUCGUAUUUUAAUCACCCGUCUUCUACCCCGAAUAGUGUGACGUCUCUCAUGUGCAAUAGUAUACACGCUGUGUCUUGUGUUGUGAAUUAGUUAUCGAAAUUAACUGUUAGAACAAAUAGUGAAGCAAGAUGGCGAUCUUCGGUAUGGCAUCGGCGGUGGCGGGCUUCGUCAAAGUCCGCUACCUGAUCGACAAGGCAGUGAUAGACAAUAUGGUCUUCCGUAUGCACUACAGAAUCACCGCAGCCAUCAUGUUCCUGUGCUGUAUACUGGUGACGGCCAAUAAUCUUAUCGGUGACCCUAUAUCCUGCAUCAACGACGGUGUAAUACCAAACCACGUAAUUAAUACAUAUUGCUGGAUAACAUACACCUUCACACUACCGCACACCGCCGCCGGCAAGGGAAUCUCCCAUCCAGGGCUUGGCAACGAUUACGGAGAGGAGAAACGGCAUCAUUCCUACUACCAAUGGGUGCCUUUCGUGCUAUUUUUCCAGGGCGUAUUAUUUUAUUUUCCACACUGGAUCUGGAAGAACUGGGAAGAGGGAAAAGUCCGUAUGAUCUCCGACGGAAUGCGAGGGACAUUGGCAACCAUUGACGACAGCAGAACCAACCGCCAGAGUCGCUUAGUUCAGUAUCUUGUGGAUACUUUACAUAUGCACAACACGUACUCUUUCGGAUAUUUCUUCUGUGAGGUACUAAAUUUCAUCAACGCUGUUGGAAACAUUUUCUUCUUAGAUACAUUCCUCGGUGGAGCAUUUUUAACAUAUGGAACCGAUGUUGUCAAAUUUUCAAACAUGAAUCAAGAGGACCGAACCGACCCUAUGAUCGCAGUAUUCCCAAGAAUAACCAAAUGUACAUUCCACAAGUUCGGAGCGUCUGGUACAAUACAAACACACGACUCUCUUUGCGUGCUCGCUUUGAACAUUCUCAAUGAGAAAAUAUUCAUUUUCCUUUGGUUCUGGCUAAUUAUUCUGUCUAUUGUCUCCGGCCUGGCAUUGGUUUACUCAGCCGCUGUGAUUCUCUUGCCGAGCACACGUGAAACGAUUCUCAAGAGACGCUUCCGAUUUGGGACACCUAACGGUGUUGAAGCACUGGUUCGGAAGACUCAGGUUGGCGACUUCCUUCUUCUACACCUCCUGGGUCAGAACAUGUCACUUCGCGUAUUCGGGGAAGUGCUAGAUGAGCUAGCGAGAAGACUGCAUUUCGGUUCAAACCCACCAUCUGCACCAUCUACUAUCGAGAUGGCACCCAUUUAUCCCGACAUUGACAAGUUCUCUAAGGAGACUGAGACGUAAGCGUCUAUAACACACCCGUCACUCUAAGAUUCAAAUACAUUCCUUGGAAUCCCAACGAUUCUGUCAUAUGUCAAUUAUGACACUGACAUGUUUCCGAAGAACGAAUUUGAAUCUAGGACGACUCUUUCGCAUUGGGUGUCAAAUGUCAAUUUGAGUUCACAAUUUUUAAUGUGUCCAGGUUUCACAUGCCUCAUACUAGUGUAUGGACUAAUUGAAAAGUCUGUGAACUCAAUGACCAGCUCUAAAAUCCAACGAAAAAUAGCAAUUCAUGACAUUCCUUUUAUGUAGACGUACAAUUAUAUUAUUUCUGCACAUAGUAAUUUAAAUGCUUUGUGAUUUGUUAAAUAUGCCGUCGUGUAGAGAAAAGCAGGGUAGCGUAUACUUGUUUGGUAACUAGGUAUAAAAGAGAACAUACGAAUUUGGUAUACAGUAAUUGAGCAAUUAGUUAAGACAAUCCCCUUAUUCAUAAAAACUAAUACAAUCGUUUAAACUAAGAUCACGAAAAAUACGAAACAUUUUGUUUCUAUGAACCAGGGGUAAUAAUUACAAGCAGUGAUAACAUAUGAGUUAAAUGUAUACUAUACGCUAAACAUAGAUACUGUAUUACUACUAUAUUGUAAUUAAAAGACAAGUCAAUGAUUGAGUACAAAGUAGUGUUGUGCACAGGCACCUUGACUUGCCUUAUAUCUCGAAGAUUUAUUGAUAUUAUAUAGCUUAAGUAUUGGUGCAAGUUGUGGUGUCAAAAUAUUUUUAUACUCGCGUUAUUUACUCUAAACAUCGUGCCAUUGUAGACGAAAUAUUGGCUAUCACCAGAUGUGCAUUUUAUUAAAGUAACAUCUACAAUUCUCAUAAGACAUUAGGACCAAUUUUUAUUGUAUUCUUAUAGUGUAAGACUUUUCAGUCAAUUUAGCCAUAUUCGUAGUAAUAAUUAGAUUUAUAAGCGACAAGAAUCUCGCCAACUAUUUCUUCCAUAUAUAAACUAAUUUAGGCAUAAUGACUCCCAGUAUGGUUCGCUAAGGUUUACUAGUAUAUAACGAAUUAAGACAAAAUAAAAGUUUCAUUAAAUUUUGAACGUUUAUCAUUCCUACUGUAGUUUUUAAUUUAGAGACUGUUCUUAUGAAUUAUAUACAUUAGUAUUCAAUGUAAUGUUGGUUAUAUCUCAUUGAAAUAAACGAAUUUUUUUUCGGAAAA